AUGUUCCACCAGGUCGCUUCUAGGCAGCACGCUCGCGCCGUCUCUAGAGUCGUCGUGUACUCGAGAGCGCACAACAUUAGAUGUCUUGCAACCACUGCCGACUAUGGAAAGACAUUCGACAAGAUUCUCGUCGCAAACCGUGGUGAAAUCGCUUGUCGAGUCAUCAAAACAGCCAAAAAGAUGGGAAUCAAGACUGUAGCCAUCUACUCUGACGCCGAUGCAAACUCGCUCUUUGUCGAAAUGGCCGAUGAAGCAGUCAACGUCGGUCCUCCACAAACGAACAAAUCAUACCUCAACAUCCCAAACAUUAUCGGCGCAAUCAAAAAGACGGGUGCUCAAGCUGUACAUCCAGGUUACGGUUUCCUUUCAGAAAACUCCCAUUUCGUCAAAGCACUAGACGACGUCGGUGUCACAUUCAUUGGACCCAAUGAACGGGCAAUGGCUGCUAUGGGUGACAAGAUUGAAUCUAAAAUAUUCGCAAAGAAGGCUAAUGUUAAUGUCAUUCCGGGAUUCAAUGGUGUUGUUAAAGAUGUUGAUCAUGCUGUACAAAUCGCCAAGGAAAUCGGGUACCCAGUCAUGGUUAAGGCUUCAGCUGGUGGUGGAGGAAAGGGAAUGCGUAUUGCCUAUGACGAAAAGGAAUGUCGAGAAGCUUUCCGUAUGUCAACCGCCGAAGCUCUAUCCUCUUUCGGUGACGAUCGUAUGUUAGUGGAAAAGUUUGUAGAAAACCCUCGUCACAUUGAAAUCCAAUUGAUUGGUGACAAGCAAGGCAACGUGUACUAUCUACCAGAACGUGAAUGUUCCAUCCAACGUCGAAACCAAAAAGUCAUUGAAGAAGCUCCAUCAGUCCAUAUCGACGCAAAGACUCGUAAGGCUAUGGGUGAACAAGCCGUAGCUUUGGCUCAAGCUGUCGGAUACUACUCUGCUGGUACUUGUGAAUUCUUGGUUGACCCUCAACGAAACUUUUACUUUUUGGAAAUGAAUACUCGAUUACAAGUUGAACAUCCAAUCACAGAAUACAUCACCGGUCUCGAUCUCGUAGAACUCAUGAUCCGUGUCGCAGCAGGCCAAAAACUAGACCUCAAGCAAUCCGAAAUCGGAAUCAACGGUUGGGCUUUCGAGUCUCGUGUAUACGCUGAAGAUCCAGAGAAAUACCUUCCAUCUAUCGGUCGAUUAAACAAGUAUAUCGAACCUAAGGGAACACACGGUGAAAUCCGAUGUGAUACUGGUAUUGUAGAAGGCAGUGAGAUCAGUAUCUACUAUGAUCCAUUGAUUUGUAAAUUGGUCACUUAUGGAAAGUCGAGAGAGGAGGCGAGAAUCACGAUGGAGAAGGCUUUGGAUUCGUAUGUUAUUAAAGGUGUGACCCACAACAUCCCUCUCCUCCGUGAAGUAAUGUCGCACCCCCGCUUCGUAUCUGGCAAAAUCUCAACCAAAUUCCUCGCCGAAGAGUACCCCAAAGGUUUCAAAGGCAAAACCCUCGACGCCGCAUCCAAACUCGAACUCCUCGCCGUUGCCGGACUAAUCAAAGCCAAACAAGAAGCUAGAGACCGUACAUGGUUGUCUGGUGGUGGAUCUGUAUCCCAAGUAUCGUCCAAGUCGCACUGGGAAUACUUUAUUGGAAUAGGGUCUGAGGGUGCUGAUAAGGUUGUUGUGACCAAGGAUAAGAAGGGUGAUUACACUGUUAAGGCGCUUGGAGAGACUAUUGCUGUGUCUGCUGACUGGGCGUUAGAGUCGCCAUUGGUGAAUGCCAAGGUUGGAGACAAGGAGGUUGUAUUGCAGUACUCGGAUACUUUGCCAUUGGGUUUCAGAUUGAUUCAUUACGGUUCCAAGUUUGAACUGACAGUCAAGACAGAAGCUCAGCACGCCUUAUCAAAAUACAUGAAGGAAAAGCCCAAACUCGACUUGUCCAAGGUCGUGCUCGCACCCAUGCCAGGAACAGUCGUGUCGAUGGCAGCUAAAGUUGGUGACGUUGUCGCCGAAGGAGCUGAAUUAGCCGUAGUAGAAGCCAUGAAGAUGCAAAACGUGCUCAGGGCUCCACGAGCAGGCAAGAUAUUAAAGGUUAACUGCAAGGCUGGAUCAGCUGUAGCUGCUGAUGAGAUCAUGAUUGAGUUUGAGGAUGAAGUCAAGGCUUAA